ACUGUUAUCUAUGUUAAAAGCAUUAGAAAAAUUGCACGUUUUGGUGCAGCUGUCGCCAAAUAUUUCACAAAAGCGUGAUUUUGCACCGAAUGUCCUACGACAAAGUUUUGGUUACACUAAAUUAUCUAUCAAUUAAGACCAUCCGAAAAAAGGAAAUCCGAAAAAAGGAAAUCGAGAUGUGACAGUACUUAAGGUUACCUUAUAAGAUUUUAAACUUUUGCUUACUUCUACCACUUAUUUCACCUCUUCGUUAUGUCCAAUUGACAGAAUUUAUUUCCUUUUGUCUUCUAAAAAUAGGAAUACCUCGCAUUCGACAAGUGAUAUACAUAUUGACAGAGCAGUUUAAGGUGUCAUUGAGGAGACCUUACUUAAUUCUUAUAUAACCAAAACAGUUCUAACUAAGUUAAUGAUAUUCAAAUUUAAAUUGCAACAUUAAAUCUACAACGCCUUUGAGCGGCCACACAAUUCAGGCAGAAAUACAUUUGUUUAAUUCCAACCAAAAUAUAUACGAACUUCUGAGUUUGCAUUUAAAUGACACGGAAUCAAUAAUCAUAAUUGUGCAAUGCUUCCAUUACCUCAUGGCUGCACGUACAUACGUAUGAAAAUAAAUUUCACUUGCUUGUCGUCUCUGAAUAACUUUAAAGAUCAUUAGAGAAUGGAGUCCGAAAUGGCCAGCAUAAAGUAAUCAGGGUUAGAAACUCUCAUCUGAUGCUGCAUAUUCACCAUUUCAUCUUCAAACUUCACUAAAUCAUCAUUCUAAAAAAUUGUUCCGUCCACGUUCAACGACUGGUUGAGCGCAGAAUAAUUUUGACAAAUUAUGCGUACUACGCUUAUCCACUCGGGAAGCAGUGCAUCUUUGUCGUCACUGGCCCCACCAUCCUCCACGCAAAUUGGUGGCUACGGAGACCGAAUUUCCGGUCUGCCAAGCAUCGAGCAAUCUGGAGAAUAUGAUUUCACUCCUCAGCCCAAAGAAGAGAAUACAGGAUGGCUUAAGCAUAAAUUCAGGAAAAGUAACUUGGAGAGGGUCUUUCCCAUUCUUAUCUGGGGACCCAAAUAUACCCGACAAAAAGCCAUGGCGGACUUAAUUGCUGGAGUCACCGUUGGUCUGACUGUACUUCCGCAGGGGUUAGCAUACGCAACAGUCGCCGGAUUACCUCCAAUUUAUGGACUUUAUUCCUCAUUCGUGGGACCAUUCGUCUACAUUUUGUUUGGAGGCACAAAGGCAAUCACUAUCGGGCCAACUGCUAUCCAGUCCAUCCUUACCAAUAAGUACACUUUUGGAAAACCUCCAGAAUACGCAGUGUUUCUCUGUGCUGUCACGGCAGUCGUAACGAUGAUCAUGGGCGUCUUCAAAAUGGGAUUUAUUGCCAACUAUAUCUCCUCACCAGUAAUUUCUGGAUUUACAUCUUCAGUCGCAAUUACGAUUGUGGCUACCCAGAUUAAAGCUCUGCUUGGUAUUCAUUUCGAUCGAGAGGGAUUUCUCCCCACGGUCUUGGGACUCGCUGACCACAUUGAAGAAGUUAAAGUUCCGGAUGCACUUCUGUCCUUGGGAUGCUGCAUCUUUCUCCUCAUUAUGAAGUUUCUAACCAAGAUAACUCAGACAUGUGGAGUGACCAACAAGAAAUUUUUAAAGUUUUUCUGGUUCAUUUCCACUUCGAGAAGCGCAAUUGUAAUUUUUGCAACUACGAUUUAUGUGGGUCUGAACUAUCCAGAUCAACCUUUCUCUAUCGUUGGCAAAAUACCACCUGGAAUACCAGCCUUCAAGCCACCCCCAGUGACAAUUUAUGAUCCAGCAGAUAAUCGUACGCAUAACUUUCUUGACAUCCUGCAAGAAGAGGCUUCUGCACUUUUGGUUCUUCCACUUCUGGGCGUAAUGGGUCAUAUAACGAUAGCGAAGGCGUUCGCUGGUUCCAGCAGGGUUGACUCCAAUACCGAAGUGCUAUGUAUCGGGAUUUCUAACGCAAUUUCUUGCUUCUUCAGUUCUUAUUCCAUAGGAGGCUCCUUCUCGCGUACCACGGUCAACAGUUUCAGCGGGGUCGAGUCCCCUCUUGGGGGCUUGUAUACAGGAAUAAUGGUUUUGCUCGCCCUCCAGUUUCUAACACCGUACUUUUUCUUCAUCCCGAAAGCCAGCCUGGCAGCUGUCAUAACCUGUUCAGUAAUAUUUAUGGUCGAUCCAUGGAUUAUUUUGCCGUUGUGGAGGUCAAAGCGAAUGGACUUGGUGCCUUUCUUCUUGACAUUCUUCGUGACAUUGCUGCUUGGUUUAGAAUUUGGAAUAGGAAUUGGACUGAUUAGCUCUACACUCUAUCUUUUGUAUUAUUCCGCAAGACCUAGGGUGCAAAUUCUUCAAGGGGAGACAUCGAGUGGUCGUGGAUUUUGCUUAAUUGUUUUGGACAGAUCGCUCACUUUCCCAUCUGUUGACUAUUCCACGUAUGAAAUUAGCAAAGCAUCAUCGAGAUAUGCUAAUCAACGCACGCCCAUAGUUAUCGACUGUCACCACAUUCAAUUUGCCGAUUUUACAGCAGCCGAAGGAAUUCGAGACAUGGUUUUGCGUUUGAACGAAAACGGCUACAAGAUAAUAUUUUACAAAAUGAAACCUUCAAUUUUGAAAAUCUUGAUUGGAGUGAUGCACAACUCGGGUGCCAAGUUUAUUCACUGCGAAACGGAAAGAAAGUUGGAACAAUUGAUUGAGGGUUACAGUUUCGGCAAAUCUACUUCCACGAUUUUUACAGAGGAUGACUUAAAAAACGAACAUAUUUCAAUGACGACGUAAUAAAGUUUUUGAACUAAUUGUGUGUACUAA